ACAAGCUCUACGAUUUGCCUGAAUAACAUGAACAAAUAUUUAUUUCAACAAAAAUACUAGACAGUUCAGGUGGUCUCAUAAAGCGAAUAAAUAUGUCUAACAAAUCACAGACUCUUUUGGAUAUAUUCCAAGAAAUUCUCGCUGCGUCUGGAAAUUCAUCGGACAGCAGCAUCAAUGAAACUCAGAUACUAUCCAUGCUGCGAGAGCAGGCUACGAAGAACGGGGGAAACGAUAAUUUCGAAACUGUGCUGGUUAAAAUGAUGAAAGAUGUUAAGAGACAUCUAAAUUUUACCCUGAAACCAGACACGUGUGGGUACUGUGAGGGAGAUUUUAGAGAUAUCAUUGAAGCUUACAACGGCAUACAUGGAUAUGUAAGUCUAUUGGUAUGCACUAUUGGAGUAAUAGCAAAUACCAUGAAUGUGGCCGUGUUGACUCGGAGAGAUAUGGCGGCGGCACCAAUCAACAGACUACUCAAAUGGCUUGCGGUCGCCGAUGUCUUCGUCAUGUUGGAAUACGUGCCUUUCGUCAUAUAUAGAUAUUUGGUUUUACCAGAGAAAUUGGAUUUUCCGUACUCAUGGGCGAUGUAUCUUCUAUUUCAUAUGCAUUUCGCACAAAUACUGCACACCGCCUCCAUUUGUUUGACUUUAUCUCUCGCCAUAUGGAGGUAUAUUGCUAUAAAAUAUUCAGAUAGAAGCCAUAUUUUGUGUACAGAAAGACGUUGCAGUAUAGCCAUACUAACUAGUUUCAUACUACCACCGAUACUAUGCACGCCUACGUUUAUGGUCUUUGAUAUUCAUACAACGAAUGUUACGGAUGUUCACGGCAAUCCCGACAUAGUAUACCAUGUCGAUUCAGACUAUCAAGGUACACUGUAUCAGGCUAACUUUUGGGUACAUGCUGUUGUAAUUAAACUACUACCAUGUUCAAUCCUAACAGUUAUCAGUAUAUGGCUCAUAAGAGCUUUGUAUAGUGCGAAUAGACAUCAAAAGAAUUUGAGGAAUUACAGCGCUUGUCCCGCCGCAGAGAAAAUGGUUAAAAGACAAAACAAAGCAGACAAAAGAACUGAUAGGACAACAAAGAUGUUACUUGCCGUCUUACUGCUCUUUCUUGUGACUGAACUGCCACAAGGAAUCUUGGGGCUGAUGAGUGGAUUGCUGGGUUGGUGUUUCUUCAAAAGAUGCUACGAUUUGUUUGGGGAGUUGAUGGACUUCCUUGCGCUGCUGAAUGGAGCUAUCAACUUUAUACUCUACUGUUCUAUGUCCAGACAAUUCAGACAAACCUUUAGACAGAUGUUAUUGCAGCCACCCUUAGCUCGAUUUAUGCCUCCAACCUUGUCACACUCAGAUUCGCACAAUCAGAAUACGUGCACGGAAAAGGUUAAAAGAUAACUACAGCAAAACUUCAAUAUAAAUAUGAAUCGCAAAGACAUCCAUACCUUGAGGGUGACGUAAACAGCGCAGAGCUGUUCCAGCAAAUUGUGAACAUUUUCUGUAAUGUCUUAGCUAGACACCAAAGACAUGCAAACGAGGGAAAGACUUUGAAUUUGUAUGUGUUAAUACUGUGAAAAUUAAGCUUCAUUGUCGUAAUUAGAUAGAUAAAAUGUUAUUUAAAGAAAUGGUAUAUUUUAUUAGGGUCGCUAUGAGAUUACAGUAGUUUUAAAAAUAAAACUGUAUUCAAGACUGCAAUCCUGAUUUGGUAGUCAGGGCAUAGUCAAAGAUAUAUUACUUGAUUGUAGCUUUAUUAUGGUGAACAUAUUGCCCUCAUUUCAUCGAGGACAUAAGAAUUAAUUUUAGCUUGUAAUACUUUGUACUUGUAGCUCAGCAUCUGCGAAUAGGGCAGGAUGCAGCUACUGAAUGUGCUAAUUCUGACGAUUAAUCGAAUGUAUGUUACCAGCCUAAGCAGCGGGUAGCGACGAGGCGAAACGUGGGCGAGAUAAGAUUUGGGCUUACAUAGUUUAUUAACGGUAUUUAUCCGUUCAGAAAGUAUCAUACUUUAAAAGUAUUUCUUGGCGAAUGAUUCCUGGUACCACGUUAAAUAAAAAAAAAAUUACUUAGCUAAUCGGUAGAUACUAUAUAGCCUAAUAUGUAUUUUAGAGAUUGAUAAAUAACAAGAUAGUAAAUAAAUACAAUGUUAUGUUAAUCAAACACGUGUCUUGUUUACAAUUCAUUUUGUAAUGGAGACAACCUUGUGUGCUGUAUUGUACCGGUGUACAUUUGAGUACACACAUUUGGCUUAAACUGAUGGAGUACAGGGAAAUUUACUUUGUGCAUGACACAGAGAUUCUAUAGAAAUAAUCCAUUUUAUUUGAUUACACAGGUUGCUAUUGGCAACGCAUAUUGAGUUACUCUCGUUUCCAUUCGUUAUUUAUAUUAUCAUUCACUCGCUUUAUUCCGUUAACGAUUAUGUAUUAUUUUGUUUAGUUUGUAGAAAUAGUUUAACAUUAGAAUCAUAUAAUUUAUAAUGAUAUAAUUUCUACUUAAUUCUCUAGUUACAAGAGAAAGUUCUUAAUUUGACAUUAUUUUUUUGUAUAAAUUAAAAUAUCCAUUCUAUAUAUUCUAUUUUUAAAAAAUAGAGGCGUGUCAUAUGUGACGAAACGAAAGUAUAAAAUAAAAAUCGGUUUUAUUAUGAAAUUAUACGUUAAAUAAAUAUACAAUAUUUUCUAUUCAAGGACCACAUACAGAAGACUAUAAUACAUUAUGUACAGUAUAAAUAAAUGGAAUUUGUACUAAGAUCUUGUAUCCAAAAUAUAAUAAUUCUUCCGAUUUAAAAAUAAUUCGAUUAUUCAUAGAAUAUCUACUAACAAAUCUGACUUUUGAAAACAGUUCACAUAAAAGCUAUUGUAAUCAAUUUUAUUUACCAAAAACAUCAAUGUUCCAAUUAUAUUAGUUUAUAAAAUACCUAUAUUAACUUGGUCUGAUGAAUGACACAAUUGUUUAGAUUAAUUACUUUAUUACUACUUACUUCUUUAUCAACAGAUUUAAACAUAUUAAAUGUGAUGUUAAUUAAGAUUUAAACAAAUUUUAAUAGCCUGUCUUAACUUCAAUAAAAUAUAUUUCUAGUUAAUAUAAUGUAAAGGUAACUGCUGUGUAAUUUAAGAUAAGUAGAAAUAAAUGACUCCGAAUGAAAACUAGAUAAUAUAUUUAUAAAAACGUCUUUAUGUGUGAUUAUAUAAGUGUAAUUUACUUAGCUUUUAGUUGAUUAAUCAUUGCAAAACCUUGCAAAAUUAUGACAUCUUAACACGUUUUGUACAGGUACUAUAAUAAAGCAUUAUUAAACAAACCAUCUAUUAGGCGAAUUACCUAUUGGCGAACAAUACAAUAAAUCUAAUACGCCGUAGUCAAAUAUUGAUGUUAUAUUUGUUUGUAAAUAGUAUAUUAAAUGUGUAGAGUUAA